AUGCUGCGCGCAGUGCUGAUUGGGCUCGAGUCUUCUCCGGACGGCAACCCGAUGAAUGUUCUGACAGAGGAGCAGGUGGAGGAGCUGUUCUUUCGCUGGUCCUGGUUUGCAGAGAAGGAGAAGGAGGAGGAGACCCCUCCUCUCAGCGAUGAAAAGGACGAGGUAAUCACCCUCCACCUGCUUCAGCCGUCGGGACGAUCGACUUCCUGUCGUGUCAGUCUCCGGGACCGCAUCUCUGAUGUCAAGAUGAGAGUCAAAUGUGCCCUGUCUAUGACUAGCGGUUAUGUGAGGCUUAUCCGUGACGGAGAAGAGCUUCUGGACAUAAAGAGCACGGUAAAGGAACAUGGCCUCAGCGAUGGAGAGACGAUUACGGUCGUCUUCAAUCAGUCAUACACUUAUGCUUCGCUCCGUGCUGGGGAGAAGCCACCGUGGGAGCCAGUACGUGCCCCUCCCGAGAUGGCUGCAGGGCUGCUGCCCGUGUCGGCGCCAGAGGAGACACCUGCAGCUGCGAACGGAUUCCUUUCGGCCGGGCUUCACUCCUGUGCAGGGCUUCUGACAGCGCCCCGGAGCGGCGGGGGGUUAGCGCUGACCCUUGCCGCGCAGCCUGCCUUGGACUCCACGCACCGAGUGCUGGGGCCUGUGCUCAUGGGACGUCGCUGCUUCCGACGGCUGGAGGCUAUGGCGCCGCUGUCCCUUGAGGCCCACCCGCGCGUGCCCAUCUUCUUGCAGCUGCCGAAGUCGGAGGCCGGUUUUUGCGCUUGCGGGGGGGCUGACCUGCUGUGGGGCUUUAGGGGUUUUAAGGGUCUUAGGGGCUUUAGGGGCCCUUGGUGUAGGGUCGGUGCUCUGGGGGGAUUUUGGGUGGAGGUGUUGGGGCUUUCGGGCUGGAAAUGUCAAGCUGAAUCUGCUUCGUCAGGAGUAGACCAUGCAUGA